AUGGCCGUCUUUGAAGGAAAGAAGUACAAGAUGGAGAAGUCGGAGGGAUUCGAUGACUACAUGAAGGCUCUCGGUGUCGGCAUGGUGCUCCGCAAGCUGGGCAACAGCAUCUCGCCCACGGUGGAACUGGUGAAGAACGGUGACGAGUACACGUUCAACACGCUGUCCACCUUCAAGAACACGACGAUCAAGUUCAAGCUGGGCGAGGAGUUCGAUGAGGAAACCGUCGAUGGCCGCAUGGUCAAGUCCGUCUGCACCCUGGAUGGCAACAAGCUGAUCCACGAGCAGAAGGGCGAGAAGCCGACCACGAUCGUGCGCGAGUUCACCGCCACCGACCUGACCGCCACCAUGACUGCCGGCAACGCCAAGUGCGUCCGUUACUACAAGGUUGUAUAA